ACGACAACGGAAACUUUUACAACUCAAUUGAGGGUAGACGGCAAAAUGCUGAAGUUAUUCGUAGUGGAACUGCUGGUUCUGCUGGCCAGUUCAUCGGUUCUCUCCAUCGAAGUGGACACCGACCUGGGACGGGUGCGAGGAGCCAAUCUGACCUCCAGAUUGGGUGUACCCUUUCACGCCUUCCGAGGCAUUCGGUAUGCAGAGCCACCUUUGGGGGAUUUGCGAUUCGUGAAUCCGCUGCCAGUGAAACCCUGGUCCCCGACAACCUUCGAUGCCAGUGAAGAUGGACCGAUGUGCCCGCAGCCGUGGGAUAAUAUGACCGAUGUAUCUGAGGACUGUCUGAGACUUAAUGUGUAUACAAAAGAUUUGAAGGGCCUCCGACCUGUGAUCGUGUUCCUGCAUCCCGGAGGCUUCUAUGUCUUCUCCGGACAGAGUAAAUAUUUGGCCGGACCCGAGCAUUUCAUGGAUCGCGACUGCGUCUUGGUGUCGCUAAAUUACCGGCUGGGCAGUUUGGGAUUCCUGGCCACCGGAAGUAAGGAAGCACCUGGCAAUGCCGGUCUCAAGGAUCAGGUCCUGGCUUUGCGCUGGAUCCAGAGGCACAUCCAUCGAUUUGGCGGCGACCCCGGUAGUGUAACGCUUUUGGGUUACAGUGCGGGUAGCAUCAGUGUAGCUUUGCACAUGCUAUCGCCCAUGUCGCGGGGUCUCUUCCAUCGGGGCAUCUGCAUGAGUGCUGCUCCAUAUGGACCGAUUCCGUUCAAGGACAAUGAUCUUCGAUUGGCCAAACGUCAGGCUGGGCUAUUGAAGUGCCCACAGGAAUCCAUCGCGGAAAUGGUGGAGUGUAUGAGGCGAAAGCCCUACUUGGAUUAUGUGAGCACCUAUAAUGGCAUGUUCGAGUUCGGCUGGAAUCCCGUGCUCAACUGGAGAAUCGUUGUGGAGGAGGAUUUCGGGCAGGAACGCUACCUCAUCGAGAGUCCCUUCAAGACAGCUCGACGAGGUGACUUCUACAAGGUACCCCUCAUCACCGGCAUUACGGAGUUUGAGUUCCUCUCCGGAGCUUUCUUUGAUCUGCGAAAUGAAAGCAUUGUUAGCCGCUACAACACGGAUUGGGAGCAAUAUGCUUCAAUUGCUUUGCUCUUGGAACCAAACUCAACAAAAUCGCAAGCAGCCAGUCGAGUUUUGAGGGAGAAAUACAUGCCGGAAAGUAUGGACAAGAUAGAGUACCCGAAGUCCCUGAAGGGUAUGGGCGAACUCUUUAGUGAUGCCUUGAUUGGCGUGUCCUUCCAUCGGUUUCUUCAGCUGAUGUCCCCCCACACACCCAUUUACACAUACCUCUUUCGCUACAAGGGUAGAUAUACGAGGGUCGUUUGAUAAG